AUGUCGGCCAGUAUAAUUGUUCAAGCUACACCAGUAAAAGCGAAUCUCGAGGGACUCCUCGAUGAAAUACAACAAAUGGAUCUAACUCCGUUAGACCAAAAAGCGACAGUAGAAGUACUGUGCCAGCAAUGCGAAGCAAGGGCAAGGAUCAUCAAAGAAAAGUUGAUGCGCCUCGAAAAAUACGUUGGCACUCUUGAGAAGAUCAACGACAAAUGGUUGGAACACAUUCAACUAGCCCCAAUGUCGCAAAAGAAAAAAGAAGAAGAAAAAUACGAACAAAUGGCAAACGACGAUAGAGGUAUUUUAAAAUUAAUUAACAUAGGUACGGAUACCAUUAUAACCUUAUCUAUGUACAAAGAUGAUACAGAGUUAGCCCUUAAACGUCUAGCACAAAUUAAAGAACCUAGCUUAACUGAAUGUCGUCCAGUAAAUUUACCACAAUUGUCGUUACCAACGUUUAGUGGAGACCCUAAAACAUGGAGAGAAUUCUGGAGUAGUUUCGAAGCCUCCGUACACACUCAAAACAUACCAGAUAUCCAAAAAUUAAAUUACUUG